UCAAUCGUAUUUCACAUCACUUGUGCACACUCAUCAGAUUCAUCGCAGUUGUUACGUGAAAAAGUUGUCAAAGGCUGAUUUUGUUUUAGUUUAAAAAGUGCUCAAUAAUCAUUUUUCACUGCAUUCAAGUGCGUUAAACGAAGUGUACAAAUGUAUUAAUAUAAAAAGCUUACCAAUUGCAAUUUAUUGUGAAUCGUGAUACGGAUUACAACAGGGUAACUACAGGAGUUUCAAGAGGAAAGCCUGCAAUUAUGGAGCAUGUAUUGCAAUCGUAUCCGGAGGAUGCACGCCGUAUUGGCGAAGAAUAUUUAUCGAGUUUAACGGAUUUGAAUUGCAAUAGCAAGCCACUCAUCAAUAUGCUCACCAUGCUAGCCGAGGAGAACAUUAACUAUGCCCAUGUCAUUGUGCGCGUGGUGGAAUAUCACAUCAGCCAGGUGCCGCCCGAAUUCAAAUUACCUAUACUUUAUUUAAUUGAUUCGAUAAUAAAGAAUGUGAAAAGCAGCUACGUUCAGCUGUUCGGGCAAUGCAUAGUCAAUAUAUUUCUCAACGCCUUCGAAUCGGUGCAACACUCCCCAUCGCAGGUGCUGGAAAAAGUGCGUGAACGCAUGUAUUUACUGCGGCAGACAUGGAACGAUGUGUUUCCUGCAUCUAAAAUGUAUGCGCUGGAUGUCAAGGUCAAGCGUUUAGAUAACAAUUGGCCCAUCACGGCCAAACCAAGUCAGCCCAAUAAAAUACACGUUAAUCCCGCCAUACAUGUCAAUCCUGAUUUUCUUAAGACGGGCAUGGUGUCUAUGCCCGUAAAUUCGGCGCUGCCCAGCGACAUGGAGGAGAUAUUGCAGGCGAAAACACGUGAGCUGCUGGAGCUGAAGAAGCGCAAGUUGGAACUCGAAUUGGAGCAGACUAAAAUGCAUUUAAAGGAGCAGGAACGUCAACUAAGCCAAGCAGCAGAUGCGAUAGCGGUAACGCCCAUGACAGCUGGUAUACCCGCUCCAGCAGCUGUACUACGUCCACCAGGCAUGGAGACAAGUUUGCCUCCACCCAACUAUCCUAGCGCCAUGCAGCCUGUGCGUCCAGGCGUGCCUGCUGCACCAGGAGUUGGCCAACCGCCUUUUGUCAACAAGCCAAAGGUACAUCCGAUUAAUCCAGCUAUGCUUAAUUCAGUACGUCAGCGCGACCCACGACUGGCUCGUCAAAUGCAGCCGCAACAGUCAGCACAAAUGGCAGCGCCCAUGCGUGCAGUCGAUCCACGUCUGGAGGCCCACAAAAGCGGCAACUCAUCCUCCUCAACAGUACAUAAAUCUAGUCGUUCACGCAGCAAGUCUCCAUUGCGCAACACAGGCAACAGAUCCUCCAAACUGAGCAACAGUAGCAGUGGCAGCAAUAAUAAUCACGGCUCCGCCAGCAGCAGUCGCAAGCGCAGCGAGUCAAAGAGCUCAACAGCGUCAAGCUCAUCCUCUGGCUCAGAUUUCAGACACAAGAAUAGUAGCAGCAGUGUCUCGCCUGUUAAACGCUCGUCCAGCUCACGCGACAAGCAUUCAUCUGGCAAGGAGUAUACACACAAUGGCAACUCGCCAGCAAGCAACAACAAACGCAAGAGUAGCUCACCUGCAAGCUCACCAACCAAGUCAAAGCGAAAUGCCACACAAAAAUCCACGAGUCGCAACAAAUCGAGUGGCUCAAGCAGUGCGCGCUCCCGCAGUCGUUCACCUAUCUACAGGGACGUGGACAUGCGUAGCGUGGAGCGCAGCAAGUCGCCAGAGGCAACAACAUCAUCAGCGGCAGUUGUUCCAGUUCCAAUUACAGCAGCAGCAACAGCAACGUCAACAUCAACUGCAACAGCACCUUCAGCAAAUGAUUUAGAGAAACCGCAUUUAUCAACAGCAACACUGCUAGCAGCAUCAGCAGCAGCACCAACAACAAUUGCAGCAACAGCAGGCACAAUCCCGGCCAGCAUUAGGCAAUCAUCUCCAGCGCCUACUUCAACGGAUCUACUGACACAGUCUGUUGGCGAGAAGCGAUCGGCUACACAGCUGCCUCCGAAUGUGGACACGGAUGAGGAUGAGGAUAAGCUUCAGCAACCGCAGCAGAAGCGCAGUAAAUCAGCCAAACUAGAUGCACUCUUUGGCAGCGAGGAUGUGGACUUACGUCGCGAGCUGCCUGCCAAGUCAAAUCAAAAUAUUCUCGUGCCUGGUAACGUAAUUGUUGUCGAGGAUGAUUCCAUGGACAAUUGGGAGGCCAACAAACAAAUCACCAAGUCACCUUUGUCGCCUGUGAAGAAACCCACACUGGAUGAGCUGCGUGCCAAGCUGGCAAAGACUGCGCGACACAACAACAAACAGCAGCAACACCAGUCUAAGCCAGACAAAUCUAAAGAAUAUCCAGUGACGCAACGGCUUAAACAGCUGUCAUCAGAUCUAAAAGUCAGCGAUGAUUCGCAGGAGGCACACGACGAAAAGAUGCGUACAAUUCUAAGCCAGGCACAGGAAAUGUUCGAGAAUCAUAGCAUGAAUCCAGAGCAAUACAAGGAGCUAGUCAGUAAAGUAGUGGUCAUGAAUGAGAGCAGCAAACUGAAGGAUCGGCGACGCGAGUCAGCUGCAGAUGAUGAGGAUUUGGAGCGUAAUGCAGCGAGGGAUGCAGUGUUACGAAAACGGAUACCCAAGCUGAAGGGCAAUGAAAAUCAGGCGUCCAGUUCGCCACGUAGUGAUGGAGAGCCACAGCAGCAACAGCUGUUACCGAUGCUCGACAAGCCACAACAACAGCAGCAGUCUUCUAAGCAGCUUAAAAACAAGCGCGAUGGCAAGAGACGCAAGCCCAGCAAAUGGGGCGAGCAAGUGGAUCCAGCUGCAGCACAGCGAGCUGCCUGGCAAUUGGCGCAAAACAACAACAACAAUAACAACGGGAAACGAAAUGCGGCAACUGGUAGUGGAAAUGUUGGCUUUCGUGGCAUGCCCUGGCAGCAUCCGCCAUUAGUUAUGUCACAAACAGCUGUGCCACCACCACCGCAACCACCCUCCAUGCUAACACUGCCGCCAGUGACAACGGUUAACAUAACCAAGGCCAUUAAUUCAUUGGACAAUCCGAUGGCAGAUGUGGUACGUAGCAUAACGAUCGAUGGAGGGAGCAAGGAAAUACGUUUCUACAAUCAAGUGGCUAUCAUAUUUAUGGAUGGCGAUGAGCCGCAUGAGAUCGGCUUCCAGCACGGACAGCGUGCCAUCUACAUUGAUCACAAUGAGCAGCCGCUAGCGCUCAGCUUCAAUGAUGACUACAAACCCUUUCAGUUGGAUGGGCAGCUGCAUCGCAUACGUUUCGGCCAUCCAUCACGAGAGCUAUACAUCGAUGAUCAUUGGUAUGAGAUAUAUUUUGGUGGACCACCUGUUUCACUGCCUAUCGGCAAUAAGUUGCAUGUGCUGAAGGCGGAGGGGCCGCCACCAAAUGUGGAUAUUGGUCGCGUGCGUCGAGAUUUAGUUGUCGGCAAAAUCAACAUGAUUGUCGAUGCACACACAAUUGUGCCCCUAUUUCUCGACGGCCGCCAACAAACGUUCCAUUUGGGCGCCGAACAGCACUCGCUGCAAUUUGUGGAUAGUUUUCUUUAUGGAUUGUUAGAUGGACAGUUGCAAAAGCUGGAAUAUGGCGGAUUGCCCAAAAGCAUGAAAUUGAAUGGCGGACGUAAUUGUUUCAUACGCUUUGGUACGCUGCCCAAGGGUGUGCAAGCAGGGAAGGCACACGUCCAAGAUAUGGUGUACAUUAAGACUGAGGCGCCAGCGGAACCGCCACAGCCGCCGCCAGUGCCAGUGCCUGCAAUGCCAACUGUACCAGCCGUAGCAGCAACGCUCGAGCAGCCAGCAACUGUUGCAGCUACCGGCGUAGCAACAAAUGCUGCCCCAGCUGUACCUUUGCCGGGAACAGCAGCAGCUGCUUUAAGCAAUCUCAACAUUGAUGAGCUCUUCCAGAAGCUCGUCUCUUCUGGCAUAAUUGCUGGCAGCAGCAGCGCUGUCAAUGUACCUGCUUUGGAUACCAACUCUAAUUCUAGCAGAGAGGCGACAGCAACAACAGGAGCAACGGUAGCAGCUACAGUACCUGCAACACCUGCAACAUCUGCACCUGCCCCUGCUCCAGCCGAGCCCAUUAAGCGCAUUGAUCUGCAGAAACCCGACACAAUUAAAACUCGUCAGUCAGCCGUGAUAGCCAGUUUGUAUUUGGGCAUGCAGUGCAGCAGCUGUGGCGUACGCUUCCCACCGGAGCAGACCAUCAAGUAUAGUCAGCAUUUGGAUUGGCAUUUUCGUCAGAAUCGAAGAGAACGCGAUUCAACACGCAAACCAACGUCCAGGCGUUGGUUCUAUGAUCUCAAUGAUUGGAGGCAAUACGAGGAAAUCGAAGAUGUCGAAGAGCGUGAAAGGAAUUUCCUCGAAGCUCAGGGUCAACAAUUGGGACCAGAUUCCAUCGAUGAUGUGUCCCAGCAACGUUCUCUCAAUUCACCUGUUCCUAGCUGUGCCGCUGGAGCGGCUGAUUUGGAUCGCAGCUGUGACAUGUGCCAUGAGAAAUUCGAACAGUUCUACAAUGAAGAGCUGGAAGAAUGGCAUCUACGCUCAGCCAUACGCGUAGACGAUAAGAUAUAUCAUCCGCUAUGCUACGAAGACUACAAAACUUCGCUUAAUCCACCUCCAGUUGUCGACAAUGAUGCUACAGUAAAUGGCGAUCUGGAUAUGCUAAAUGCUAGCGAUGACAAUGCCAUGGAUACGUUGAUCAAGCUGGAGGAUGAAUCAGAUAAUGUCAAAAAGACAUCAAGCACGCUGCUGGCUGACGAAGAUGAUGAUGAUGAUGUCAUUGUGCUGCCCAAUGAGGAGCCAAGCGUUACAGAAAUUGUCGAUGACGACGAUGAGGAAUACGUACCAAUUGCUGUGACAGCCGCAGCAGAGACAGAUCUUUCUAAGGAGAAGCCAACAACCAGCGAACAAGAAGACCAAGAGCCAAAGCCUUCGAAUGAGCAGCAGCUAGAUAAGGAAAGAGUGGCAGAGAAUGCCAAUGAAUCAGAUGUGGAAAUACAAGAGCCAAACAUUCCCUUUACCGAUCUGGACAACUAUGUAGAAAAGGAGCCAGUGUCGAUGCUCAAUGUAAAAAUCAAAGAGGAGCCGAAAGAUGACGACGAUGAAGAUGAUGAUGAUGGCUUUGAGGAUGUGGGCACAGUAGUGCAACUGCUGCCACUGCCAGAAGAUGAAAUAUCCAUAUUAAGCAGUGAAACGCUAACACAUACCAUCGAUUCGACUGCAUCACCAGCAACGCUGGAGCGUCCGGCCUCAGUGACAUCUCUCUCAUUGCCAGCCAAUGACGAUGAGCUGGAACUGGAGUCAAAUGCUGCAGCUGCCAACAGCGAGGCCGAUUUUAAUGGUGAGAAUCCGCAGGAGACGCAUAAUUUAAGUGCAGCGGGGCCGGCACCGGCGUUACCUUUGGCUAGCAUAGUUAAUAAAAUAAAAAUAAAUAUCACUAAGAAUACAAGUAGUAAUAGUCAUAAUAGUGCCUCAACAACAACAACAACAACGGACUCGCAAGUGUCGGCUAUAAGCGUCAUUGGCGCCACGGGAAAUGCCGAUCAGCAACAGCAGCAGCAGCAGCAGCAAAAUUCCAUUCAAACUAUUUCCACUAUUCCUGUGCUGUGUGGAGGCAAUACGUUUGUACCGAAGAUUGCCACAAGCAGCAGCAGCAACAGCAGCAGCACAAAUGCACCGCCUGCCAACAUUAGCUGCAUUUCCGUAAUUGGGAGCAGUUACGGCAGCAGCACCAGCAACAACAAUAACAACAGUUCACGUGUCCCUGCAGCAACAACAACAGCAGCGACAACGGCAUCAGCAACAUCCCAGCCAGCAGCUGUCAGCGGUAUGGGGGCGACAACACAAAAGUCGAUUACCCCACCACCACCCGCUGCAGUCGAAGCUGAGCCGGAGCCUGUUAUCGAACUGAAGCCGGCGCUGCGGCAGGCGACGCUUAAGAAAACGAAGAAAGUUCAAAAUGGCGUCGAAACGUCGGGCCUGUGCUCGAUCAUGUAGAAAGAGAGAGUGUGAGAGGGCACAUGCAUAUUAUUCCUAAUCUCACUUAAUGUGUGUUUUUCUAUAUAAUUAGCAAUCUUAAAAUUUUAAUUUAGAACGUUACUUAGUUUUAGGCAAUUUACGGACGCGCCACUAAUAGCGCAUCAUUUUGCGGUUCUCUGUAGGCAUCCCAACGCUUACUUUUCCCCUCCCACUUACAUAAACCUAUACAGAGCGCGCAACACUUAAUUUAUUUUUACUACGAUAAAUAAUGCAAAAUAAAAAGAAAUUUUUACACACAACGAUAAGAGAAAGUAUGAAUAAUUUGUGAUAAUUUCAAAACACUCGGGUCAACAUCAGAUGUUCAGUUACACGAAUCAGAUCUUGGUCCACCAUUAUAAUUCAUGUAAUGUGCGUUUGCUGAAUUUGAAACAAUAAAUGAAAACUGAUUUC